GCGUGUCUCCCGGGGUUCCGCCCCGCGCCUCGACCCAUCCUCCGGGUCCAGGGCUGAGGCAGCGGGACGGAAGUGAGCGGGUCCCGCCCCUUCCCGCCCUCGGUUUAGUCAGAGCGGUCGCCGCAGCCGCUGCCUGCUUCUGUCCGGCGAGCCGGAGUCUCCGUGCUGUACGUCGGUCCCCGGCCGCGCGGAGCCGGGAUGCACUGCUCCUGCUGUGGGUCCUCAUCAUGGAGACCAAACGGGUGGAGAUUCCCGGCGGCGUGCUGGACGAUCUCUGCAGCCGAUUUAUUUUGCAUAUUCCCAGCGAGGAAAGAGACAAUGCAAUCCGAGUGUGUUUUCAGAUUGAACUUGCCCAUUGGUUUUACUUGGAUUUCUACAUGCAGAACACACCAGGAUUACCUCAGUGUGGGAUAAGGGACUUUGCUAAAGCUGUCUUCAGUCAUUGCCCAUUUUUGCUGCCUCAAGGUGAAGAUGUGGAAAAAAUUUUGGAUGAAUGGAAGGAAUAUAAAAUGGGAGUACCAACAUAUGGUGCAAUUAUUCUUGAUGAGACACUUGAAAAUGUACUACUGGUUCAGGGGUACCUAGCAAAAUCAGGCUGGGGAUUUCCAAAAGGAAAAGUAAAUAAAGAAGAAGCUCCUCAUGAUUGUGCUGCUAGAGAGGUCUUUGAAGAAACUGGUUUUGAUAUCAAAGACUAUAUUUGUAAGGAUGAUUACAUUGAACUGCGAAUCAACGACCAACUUGCUCGUUUGUAUAUCAUUCCAGGAAUUCCAAAAGACACAAAAUUUAACCCAAAAACCAGAAGGGAAAUUCGGAACAUUGAAUGGUUCUCCAUUGAGAAAUUACCCUGUCACAGAAAUGAUAUGACCCCAAAAUCCAAACUUGGUUUGGCACCUAACAAAUUUUUUAUGGCCAUUCCCUUUAUCAGACCAUUAAAGGACUGGCUUUCUCGAAGGUUUGGGGAUUCCUCAGACAGUGACAAUGGAUUUUCCUCAACUGGUAGCACACCAGCUAAACCCACUGUGGAAAAAUUGAGUCGAACCAAAUUCCGCCACAGCCACCAGUUAUUUCCUGAAGGUUCUCCUGGAGACCAGUGGGUGAAGCACAGGCAGCCAGCGCAGCAAAAACCAUACAGUAACCAUUCUGAAGUAUCUGACUUUCUAAAAGCAAAGAAUCAGAAUAUGAGGGGAAAUGGCAGAAAACAGUACCAAGAUUCACCUGGCCAAAAGAAAAGAGCAAAUGGGAUUCACAGCCAGCCAGCGAAGCAGCAGAACCCGCUGACGAAAUGUGAAAAGAAACUGCAUCCACGAAAACUUCAGGAUAACUUUGAAGCAGAUGCUGUGUAUGACUUGACUUGCUCCAUUGAAGACCAGUUGCUAGAACACCCCGAGGAACAGUCUGUGGCAUGUAAUGGACACUGCAAGUUCCCCUUUUCGUCUAGAGCUUUUUUGAGUUUCAAGUUUGACCACAAUGCUAUCAUGAAAAUCCUGGACCUUUGAUGGCACAGAUGUACUGCAGAAGCCUGAAGAGCAGUGGCCUGUUGCAUUUGAGCGGGUGUCUCCUCAAGCCUUACCUUUCUCAGGUGUUUUAAAGAAAUGCAGGGAGGCAAUGCUUUUGAAAUCUUUUUUUCGUUUUCUUUUUUUUUUUUCCAGAAGAGAAAUGAGUUUGCACUGUAAAUGUAGUCACAACCCUUUAUCCAGUUUUACCUUUCAGUGUUUGGAACAAGUUUUAAGUUGCUUAUUUUUUUGAGGGCAUUUAUUCUGUGUGACUAUUGGUGUUACUUUGUGUUCUCAUCAAGAAAAUCACAUUUGAGUCAUCAGUAAGUAGCCAAGUUAAUGAGAAGGUUCAUUUAUCCAGUACAGUGAUUGCAAUAACAGUUUACUUACAUGAAAUUUCAAAAGGAAACUUAAAGAAUCCAAUUAGUAAAUGAACAUAAGCACUAAAACGUCACACACAUCAAGAUUGCAGCUCAUCUGUUUGGGUGGCAUUUUACUUAUUUCUUUGCAUCUAACUGCUGAGGCUCUGGUACUCUAGCUUGGAAUUUUGCUAAAAGGAUUUAUUUAGAGUCAGCAUCUGUAAUAUAUUCAUGUGGAAAAUGAACUCUUGGUACUUCGUAAACACAGAACCGGAAGCCUGAGAGGGAUCACGUUGCUCUGGAGUUGGUGCUGUAACUGAAUUGUGUUGCAUGCAGUCAGUGAACCUGUGAGUGCUGAAGCAGAGAGCACGAGGCAGGACUCAGCAGUUGCCGCAGGUCAUGUCUUCACCAUCUCGCCUCCAAUCCUUUGGUAUCGUACAAGGAUUUUGUUCUUGGGAAAGAUGUCUUACAUGCUCCACUUGUGUAAAUAUGUAUGAAAAACUGACUUACUGGCUUUACAUUGCAUAUUAGUGUUGAUCUAUAGAAAACGAUGUUCUAUUGGGUUCCAGUCUGCCGUAGUGGUAGAGAAUGCGAGUUCUUCCUGGCAGACUGAGGCCCCGGCUGAUGGAGUCAGAGGGGAGGGUAUGCACUUACCCACGUGCACGUAAAGCUUUUCUCUGGGGGCGGGGCUGGACCAGAAGGUGGAAGUGACACACACAGCUUAGUGCUGGGAAUGUAUUUUGCGCCUUCAGGAUUCUUAAGUCCAAAUAAAGAUGGCAGUGACCAUUUUAAGAAGGAUUUCAGUUAUAAUUAAGGACAAUCACCAGAGCUUUAAGGAAGCGUUACUUUUUUGGCUGCAUCUGACCUCAUUGAAGAUAUUUCUUGGGGGAGAGAAGGGGUGAAGUGUUUGAUGUAUGUGUGCAACUGUAUGUGAAUUUUAAAAACUGUUACACGUGGUAUCCACAAAAUGCAUCUGCUUAUAAAUGUUACUGUAGAAAUCUUUAUAUAGGUAGCCUGCUUAGCCCCAUGGGACUUCUAAAAGAAGGGCUAGUGUAAGGAAUUCACUUGGUAUUACUACUUUGCUUUAACUUUUAAGUGACUUGAUUUUAAAGGAGAAUUUUAUUUAUUAUUGAAAGUGUCACUCUUGGUGCUAAGUAGAAUUCAUAAUUUUAGCAGUGUGUUUAGAAUACAUUGUUCAUAACCCUGUAGCUUUUAUAUGGCUAAUCUGUGAAUCCUGUGACCUGUGCUUUUUAAUGCAUUACAUGAUUGCAUUUGAAAGUUUUUGUUCUUUUCAGAAAUACAGUUGCUUGGCUUGGGUCUCCCUGAGCCGUAUUUAUAGUUGGUCCCACCAUUCCAGAUUUCUGUUAAGUUGUUAAGGGAAUGAGAUCUUAGUUUACCUAGCAGAUGAAUCAUUUUUCCUUGUGUAUUGUUGUUGGAAACCAUUUGAUUUUUAGGAUUAUUUUUAAAGUGACUUUUUUUUUCUUUUAAAUGAGUACUUUUGGUCAGUCUUUUUGGUGCCUGUGGAGUUUUAGACUUUUCAGCUCCUAAUACUAAAAAGCAAAAGAGAUUAGUUAUCAGAAAGUAGUAUGGUUUCUAAUAUGGUUGAGCAUUUUCAAGAACCAACAAAUUAUCUUUUUAAUUACAAUAGUUAUUACUGUUGUGCUGCUUCAUUUAAUGCACUGUGGAACAAAAUAAAGUUAUGGUUGGGAUGCAGUUAUGAUAACUUUAGGCUUUUAACCGUCUUGACAGGUUGAAGUUAAACGUGUUAAGUGUGUAUGACGUGACUUAACUAUGCAGAAUAAAUGUUAAGUGGAUGUACCUGUUUUAUGUACAUCUGUUUUACUCUUUUUCAGUAUUCAGGUUAUAUUGAGACAGGCCAUGCUUAGCACAAGACUAGAUUGUCUUUAAAAUACUUUGGCAUGGUUUGAGGAAAUCAUAUGAUAAAGAAGUAUGCUGAAUAUGCAAUAAUUUGCUUCUGCUGAGUGCUGCAUUUUAAGAAUCUAGUUGAGAAGAGUAGUUACAGCUUCAUUAUUUUUAUGUUUGAGAGAAAUAGAUCUUUAAAUUUCUCAUUUUAAAUAUUCUCAUGUUCCAGCCAUAUAUGUUCCAAAGUGCAGUGCACUGUGAAUCUUGUUUUUUAAAAUUCUGUAGGUGCUUUUAUGUAUAACUAAUGAUUUAUAGGCUGUAAAUGAAUUGUUUUUGUAUUUAAUCAUUGUAAUCCAAACAACAAUGCGGUUUACAUGCUUUCUAUAAAAAAGAAAAAAGAAAGAAAAGACAAAAAAAUUUAAUCUAUUUCGAUGGUUUUAGGAUUUGAUGCCUUCCUGAGACAUGAGCAGUGAAGAGAUCUAAGAACAUAAUAGACAAAGGUGAUAUUUGAUUAAAGAUGUUAAAAAAUUAAGUUCAGGUUUUGUGAGUAUAUAAAUAUUUAUAUAAAGGAUAAAGCCUCCCAGUGCUCUGAGGGUUUUUGGUUAGUGCUUAUUGUUUUGAUCUUUGAAUAUCAUUAUUUUUGUAUUAAGUAUCAGUAAAUGGUACUUAUCAGAUAACAGAGAUACAUAAUGAUUUUAUGCUACAAGACUGGGUUGUACUUUUAAUGUCUGAAGACUUCAGUAUUUUGUAUUGUCAAAUAAAAAGAACACAAAUCUAAAUGAAUGACAUCCUUCCACUGUAGGAUUUAAAUUCCUUUAUAAAACUCAACAUUCUGUGUUCUCUAGGAAAGUUAAAGUCUGAAUGCACAUGCGAUUAGGGUCAGUUUCAUUUCCUAUUCCCUUACUGCUGCCACUGGCCUCUGUUACCAACAUUUACAAUACUUACAGUAAGGAGAGCAAAGUUAUUUAUAAACAUUAGUCCUUGCCAAGUUGUGUUUGCUAGUGUGAUGCCUCUUGGCCUUUAAUUUUUUCUUGGCCCAGUGAACCUCCUCGCUCAGAGCCUUUGUCUUGGUUGACGUUCACUGUGUCUUUAGAGUCUCUGAGGUCUCUGAGGCAGUAUUUCCUUUGUAUAUUACAAUCAUAGUUAUGCUAAUUAACACUUAGUCUUUGUGAUUUUGACUUUGUCUUCCAGCCUGGGGAGGGAUCUCAAAUGUAUUAUUGUAACUUUAAAUUGGUGAUAAGAAAAACAAAUCGUUAUUUUUCUGAAAGUCUCCUUUUCCUUUUAUAUACCUGUCUGUGGAGCAACAUUAGUAAAACUGCAGUUGUGAUAAACCUUAUUCCUGACAGCUUAGUGAAGUGUGGGUAGAAUUUCUCAUUUAUUAUGUCCUAAGAUUUUCAAAGUGCAUUAAUAUUGUUGCCAAAAAUUCUGAAAAUAAGCUUAUGAUGGGCCUUUAAGCAUCUUUUUGAGUGCCGAGGCCUAUACUUCUGGGCCCGAAGGCAGCAGGUUGCAGCUGGGCAGCACAAGCUUCAUCUCACACUUUGAAAGUUGUGUUCUGGAGUGAAGAUUCAGAAAAUCAUGAUGAAUUACUGUUUUUGAACAAAAGUGUCCUUCUGAAAAGAGAAGAUAGCUAUUGAGCAAAGAGUAUAAAGAGGAAUCUACAAUAUACAUCAAUACUUGAGCUGUAUGAUGCACCUGAUAGAAAUGUGAUCAUUGCCUAGUAUAUAUGGUCAUUGCCAAAUACUUCCAAGCCCUUAAUGAAGUGACUGUUUUUCUGGGUAUGAUUGCCAAGCAAUCCAGUGCAUCAGAAGUCAUCUUUCCCGCUUUGAAGACCAACAUUUGGGAGCCUGGUUUUCUGUACUGACAGCCACAGAACUAACUCCAGCCUCUCUGAAGUGCCCAGGGAAGACACAGCCAGCUGCCACACAUUUGUUUUGAGUGGUGACUCACUUAUCAGUUAUUUUCUUUGUGACAGAUUGCAUUUAUUAUUCAAAUAGCAGUCAGUAGCUGUGGAAGAGUAAACCUGUUGUAAAGGAGAGUGGACUUACUGUGCCUGCUCCCACAUAAAGUACAAGGAAAUGGAGUUUACUCUAGGUCCCCAGAUUAAUGAAAUCACCAGUAACCAGAUUUUGUUUACCUCAGGUCUUCUGUGAUUAGCAGAAGAAAUGGCCUAUUUUAGCAGCUUGAAAGCACAAUCUUAAAAAACAACAAAAAUCUAAUCUUCAUAAGAUGUUGCAUUAACUGAGCGAUGUUACUAAGGGUGCUCAGAGAAAAAAGAUUGCAGAAAUCAGUUGUGGGCUGUGUAUGACCCUUGUCUGCUUGGCGUACUUCACUAGGAGAGUCAAGGCCCUAAAUAUGUAUUUAGGAGGCACAUAGCUUUGUUUCAUUUUGUUUUGUUUUAAAUGACCAGUGUUUUGAGUACCACAUUUAAAGGCUUCUUAAUCCUUUUUUAUUUUUUCUGGCCAGAAAGAAGCUAUUAAGUCCUGGAGGUUUUUUGUAGUUUUGUUUUGGGUUUCCUGAUGAUUUGUCCCUUUUGGGAACACUUGGUUUUUUUUUUUUUUUUGUUUUGUUUUGUUUUUUGUUUUUUGUUUUUUGCAAGAGUUUGCAAGCAGUGAGUUGCCUUAUUUUGACCCUUGGGCCACAAACAGGAGGCUUGUGAAUACCUGUGUUCUCUCAAUGCCUGUAGCUGGCAAAUUGAUUUGUAAAGAGAGAGAAAACUGUGUGGUUUUAGAGUAAAAUGGACAGUAUUUGCUGGUCUUUGAGGGAUCUUCUUAGGAUAGUGGACUUUUUGAGGUAGAAGGUAACAUUUUCAUCUACUUUGUGUGUGUGUGGGGGGGGUGUGUGUGCCAGGGAUUGAACUCAUGCCCUCAAGCUUGCCAGGUCGGUGCUUACAUCGCUGAACCAAAUCCCUGGCCCCAAUUCCAUUUACUUUUAAUUUAGUGAAUUCAGAGUUCGACUGUAGAGCUACAGACUGGGAAAAUAAUUGGCACACAAUUCUAUAUUUGGUUAGGAAAUUAACACAUGCCUUUGUGAUAUUUAGGAAUAAAUUAUGAAUGGCAGCAAAUGAAAGCAAAGAUGCUCAACUGAAUGAAAUUUAGAAAAGUAGUGACUAUUCCUCAGCAGUUUGGUGUGAGAUUCGGUGCUGCUUUUGGAACUUGACCAGCAGUGGACUUAGGCUCUCAUGCACUGGUAUGCUGUGCAUUGACAGAAAAGCACGGAAGGCACGUCUGUGAGAACUUGAGCACUUCACUACUGUCCUAGGGCAGGCACUGCUGUCUCUGUGUUCACUUUAGGUUUGUGUUUGGAUGUUGUACAAGUAACUAUGAAAUGUUAAAAAUGCAAAUGUCUAAAACUUUAAUUUUCCUUUUUACUUAAAGUUAGGGCAGAAAAUGGCUAAUCUCAUUUCCACUUAUAAUAUUACUUUUUCUUCAGUAACAAAAGGACAAUGAACCGUGAACUGUUGAGAUUUACAUGUAUAUUUUAUAUUUUUAACUGUUUGCUUAUUAAAACUAUUGUACUUUUAAAAUAAACAUCUUUGUUAAAUAUUGACUCAUCCUAGAUCUGUGUGCAAUUCAGACUUCAUUUUGUUUGUUGCUUUAAAGAAAGCUUCAAAAGCAUCUUAUUUCAGAGUGAUUAAUCAAAUAAAAGUAUACAUGUAUUAGCUAGCUUCAGUGAAAUGUCUCUUAAAAAUUGUAUUUCAUCUAACCAAAAUAGGGCAUAGUUUAGUUUGAGUAGGAAAAAAAGUAAUUGGUCUUUUAAAUACUGUGAUACUGUGCCUAUUUCUAAAAGAUCUGAAGUGGCUUUUACACUGUGAAAAUUAAUCUUUAUGGAAGUAGUCACAAAUAAUUGGGGAGUAAGUUUUAGUCUGAAAAGUAGAUAUUUAUGCUGGGUCGUGUUAAGUGAGUUAAUUUCUGUAAGGUACAACAGCUGACGGUAAAAAAUAGAUGAAAAGGUUUUGCUAAAUAUUUGAAAAAUGAAACAAUUGACUGAGAAAGAAGGAACUUCAGAGUGAAUGUGAUAUUUUGAUAAUUUAUAAGCUUUAUUUCUCCAGUUAUUAUUUUUCUUAUGUAACAUCACCUAACAUUUAAAUUUUGCUUAUAUACUAUAGAAGUGUUUUAUUACUUUACCUUGAAAGACAUUCUAAUACCUGGAGAAAGACCAUAUAAGUAAAACCCCUUUAAGUGAUUUGGUCUGCAGUUGUAAUAAAGUUCUUGCUGCUGCUUUUAGUUGUCAAGCAGAGCUAAAAACGAACCCCAGAAUACCCAUUGAGUUCACCUUGUGGUUACCAGAAUUAAAGACUUUAGGACAGAUUUGUUUCUGGGUUUAUUAUUUAGUGGUUCAACAAUAGCUUUGUCUUUUUCCCUCAGUAUUAAUAAAAGGAGGUGAGGGCUGACUGUAAUGUACUUGGGUAUAACAUAAAUAAAAGAUUUCUAGUGACUCAUGUUUGUGAAUUAAAGUUACGUUUAAAUGUUUGCAGGAGCACGACACUUCCAAAGACCUGGAGAUUGUUCACUGAAAAGAUGAAUAAAGUUCCAUUUCUUAACAGUUUUUGUGCUCUAAACUUUUGUUCUGUAAGCUUUUUGAUGUAAAUAAUUUCAGAUUAGAAACUAAAAACCUCUUCUUAAAAAAUAGAAUUAUGAAAAGUUGCUCAAAUAUUGGCUUUUUGUAAAAACCUUAUUGUGUUAAAGUUAGGCUAUUUGUAAUGCAAUACCAAUAAAACUGGCUGCUUGGGUAGUUAUAA